AUGCGAGACGCAGCCACGACCUUCCUUCAAUCAUACCGAGCGAGUCCACAUACGACAACAGAGAAGAGCCCAUUUGCAGCUAUGCACGGGGGACGAGAGAUGCGAACAAAAUUACCAAUGGAGACGUACUGUGAUGACAUCGUCGACCGAGAACAAGUGGUAAACACUAACGCUAAAAUGGUUUCCAGAGACACGUGUGCCAAGGAACACCGUUUAAAAGUCGGAGAUCAAGUUGUGGUGAUGCAGAAAAGGAAAAAUAAACUAACAACUGUGUUUAACCCAACACCGCUAACAGUUACAAACAUAAAAGGAUCAAUAAUAACGGCAAACAAAAAUGAAUGGUCAAUAACAAGGGAUGCUUCAAAGUUUCGUAAGUUAUUUGGGGUACAACCCCAAAGCAGUAAAAAGGACGGCAAGGAGAUAUACGAGGCAGAAAAUGACACAAACGAGCAAUCGGACCAAGAGGAACACGAGGAAGACGAAGAGUAUAAUGAAGGUGAUAUCGAGCAAAAUAACGAAGGAGCAAACGAUGGUAAUGUAGAACCACCAAUAGCAAGGCCGGAACGCGAAAGACAGCCACCAGCUUGGCUCAGAGACUAUAAAACAUAA